GGAAGAUUAGGAGGAAGAAGCCCCAGCCGCCCUCUCUCUCAGCUCUCCCGCGGCCGCCAGCGCCGUCCCCCGGCGAGGCGCGGGGAGCCUCGGCCAUGUGUGAGGAAGGAGCCGCCAAGCUGCGCCUGAAGCCCCGGACGGCGCCGCCCGCCCGUGGCCCGGAGCGCAGCCCCGGCCCCGAGCCCCCGCCGCGGCCCCGGCCAUCGACUGACAGAUGUUCCUGGUUUGAAAAGGAAGAAUUAAACGAGUAUGAGAAAACAUGGCUUUUGCUACUGAAAGACAUCAAUCAAGAUUCACACUGCACAAACUGGGACACAGUGCCCAGCUUUCCAGAGUUCGUGGAAAAGAAACAACAGGAAAAGAGUCCAGAACACCAGGAAGUCUUUACAGUGGGAAUAAAAGACUUUAAGUGGGUACCAUUCCCAUCUUUUCACAAAGAAGAAUGUCUGAACCCCAAGGAUCUGAACUCCCAGCAGCCAACACAGAGCCAGAGCAAUGAAUUGCAUAAAGGACAAGGCCAAGCAGAUAAACUGAAAAGUUUCUCCACCAGUACAGAUCAAGCCAAAACUGUAUCUGGAGCAGACACAAAAGGUGUUUCAGAGCUGGAUGUGAGUCCUAAAUCAUGUAAAGACCCUGGGCACAGCAGGUCAGCACACCCCUCAGCCUUGCUACAAAGCCCUGCAGAGGCUUUGAACCCUCAGCAGCACCACACAGAGACUGCACAGAACAGCAGGGCAGACAGGAGGGAAAAGGGUGAGGAAAAGCCUCAAAUCCAAACACAUCAGGGGGAUCUUCCAGCAGGGGAGACCACGGGGGUGCCUGUGGAAAAGCCUCAGCUUGGGAGUGCUCCUGGAGCUGAGAGCCAUGAGGAGAAGAUGGAACAGCAGAGUGACACAGCUUCAGCUCUUGAUAGUUGUCCAAUGUGUCUGAUGCAGUUUAGUGGAAGGCUCUCCCAGCUGGACAUCGAUGGCCACCUUGCCAGGUGCUUGUCUGAAAGUGCAGAUGAUGUCAUGUGGUAAAUCCAGAAGAGUGGAGAGCAAAGGGACAAGGCCAAGGAUGAAGCUUCCUCAAAGGGAAAGGAAAAAAAUGUGUCAAGGAAGCACAUCCUUGUCUCUGAUUUAAACCAGUAACUCAAUAGAAGGAGAAGUGCCACCUGCCUAUUUGUUUGUUUGUUUUAAAGCCUCUCAACUGCACAUUAAGUAGUUCUAGUUCUGAAAAUGGUGCUCUGGGAUGUCCCUGAGACCCUCAGGGAAACCAGGCUGGGUGCUCCUGGAAAUCCCUGGGGCUUUGUCUGAUGCACCACAGUUCUGAAUUUCUCAGGACAGAAGAAAACAGCUGAGCAAAAGACAGCUGUUACUUACUCUAAUCCAAAAGUUGGUUUUCUUUGUUUGUUUUUUCUAAACAGAUAAUCUGUGAAAAUAAACUCAAUUAAAAUGUGA